AUGAGUUCUUCCACCAAUCACCUUCUUCUUCUUCUUGUUCUUCUCGCCGCUUGCUUCAUGGCCGCCGAAGCCCAGUGGGGAUAUGGAAGUGAGUCUUUUUUCAACUUAUUUUCAUCAUUUCCUCAUUCUUUUUCAGUGCCAUACGGUGGAUACGGUGGUAUGGGAGGAUACGGAAUGGGCGGAUACGGUAUGGGAAAUCGUGGCAUGUGGGGACGUCCAUACGGAGGAUACGGAGGAUACGGUGGAUACGGAUAUGGAAAAUAA